UCAAACUCGUGUCUUGUCAGCUGUCUGUCUGUCGUGCUCAUCCUUUCACCUGUGUAUUAUCACAUUCAAGUUAUCGGUUUCCUGUUGGUGGUUAAUUCACCUGCGAGUUUCUCUGCCUGCGAAACAACGACGACGUUAUUUAAAUAUUUCCGCUUUCUUCGGCAGUUACACAGCACCGUUUAAAUGCCAUGUCAGGUAGGAGAAAACAACACUCACUCCCAAAUCACAGUGACAGACGAAUACCCAACAACGUGGACCAACUUGCUUUCAAAUACAUGGAGAUGUGUAAAGUGGACUCCAGCACCGAUAGUGACUCAGAAACUAGUCCCAGAUGGUCGGACACCAGCACCAUGGGCUGUGUGAGCAGCAGCGCACCAGAGUGUGGGACACUACGUCGAACUCUGCCUCUGAGGCCUGCAGCACGGCAUGGCUGCACUUCUUUGUUUUUGGACCCGUACGAUGGGAGCUCUGAGGAUUCAGAUGAGUCAGACGCAGACGGUGUCUCCAGGAGAUGGAGGCAGCAGGGACGAGCGGGAGGAUGUCGAUUUUCGAGCCGCAGCAGGAGAUUCAUCCUCCACCAACCAGCGUCUGCUGCCCUCAGAGAAGCGAUGAUGAAAAGAGAUCCUGUAACAGAGCAGCAACAUCCUCUCGAUGUGCAGAUGAAAUGUGGGAGUGACUCUGAGCUGUGGGUCUGUGAGAUCGACACUCUGCCCUCAUCCCACAGUGACCAGAAUGCUCGUGGAGAUCAUGCAGUGGAAAAGAGGAGUCAUUCGACCACACACGCCCAAAUCGUGAAGAUGGAGUUGCAAUUUGACGACUCAGGCUUGCACACGACCAGAUCUUCCACACCCCACACUGCCGGACCUCUCACCCCAGUGGGAGGGAGCUCGGCGUGGAUGCUGGAUAGCUCCUCUGAGAGAUCUCCCAGCCCGUGUAACCUCCGAUCUCUUUCCAAGAGAAAGUUUGGGCUCCCUGGAGCAGAAGUGGUCGAACUAGGGCAAAGAAAGAGGCAGUGUGUCGUCAACAUGGAGCAGGAAGAUGAGGCAGCAGACUCUGCAUCUGAACCCUGUUAGAGCCACUUGUCCAAGGGCUGACACAAAUGAUUUAAGGUGGAAAGAAAUACUGUAAAUAGUUUAAAAUGCACUUUGGUUUGAUUGUUUUUGAUGCACUUUGAAUGUCUCACAAACUGUGUCGAUCACCUUAAAACCUCCCUCAGUAAACUCACUCCCAUGAUAAAUAAAUAAAAACAAACAAACAUAGAGCUACAAGUCAUUUUGCAUUCGUGAAAGGCAAAAAUUCAGAUUAAAUCGGAUUAUUUUGUAGCAAUCACAGCCAGAGCAUUCAGCCAGAGACAUCUGCAGAAAUCUGAUUUGAAUUAAAUUUAAAAAUAAAUGUGGUUUGAAUCAGA